CGCUUGUGGCGCCACGUACUGUCAAAUCAAAUCAAAGAAUCUGUUUAUCGCCAUUUUUGUGAUGGCCGCUGAUAUUUAUAGAUCGUAGGGUGUUGUUAUUCCACACCAACUAAAUGAAUUGAAAAUGGAGGAAACGAAAGUAAUUUAUUACAUAGACGAUGAAGAAACGCCGUACCUAGUUAAAAUUCCAAUAUCACCAGAGAAGGUGACGUUGUUAGAUUUCAAGAAUCAAUUGAACAGACCGAACUAUAAAUUUUUCUUCAAAUCAAUGGACGAUGAUUUCGGUGUUGUGAAAGAAGAAAUAGUUGAUGAUAACGCGCAUCUUCCUUGUUUUAACGGUCGUGUUGUGUCGUGGCUAGUGUCCGCUGAAGGCUCCAACCCAUCAGACGGUGCAUCUCAGUGUACAGACAGUAAUGCAGGCAAAGGCAAGCAAAACACCCAUGGUGUACCUUCAGCACCUCUCACUCGGGACACUUGUACUGACACUGACAGUACGAUCAGCUCUAGACCAGGUCACAGAGCUUCUUGUGACAAAUAUAAAUAUAGGGGACUAAGAAUCAAUGGCCAUUCCAAAUAUGGGAACCAUGGUCUUGAAUACGAAACUGCUUCAGUGCUAAGCUCCGACCUUGACUCUACAAGUCUUUUCGAUAGUCAGUCUGAAAUCACUACGACUACUGGACGGCAUACUAAUGCUUCAGUAGAUCGUGCUCUUACAGAAUGCAGUAGUGUCUCACAUUUACAAGUCAGCUCACGUAAAAGACCGCAGAGGAGACGUAAAAGGCCACAAAUUAUGUCCAGGACAUCAUCAUAUUCGUCUAUAACUGACUCUACAAUGUCCAUGCACAUUAUUACUGUUACAUUAAAUAUGGAUACAGUUAAUUUUCUUGGUAUCUCUAUAGUUGGACAGUCCAAUAAAGGUGGUGAUGGUGGUAUAUAUGUUGGAAGUAUAAUGAAAGGUGGUGCAGUUGCAUUGGAUGGACGUAUAGAGCCUGGAGACAUGAUACUGCAGGUAAACGAUGUGAACUUUGAAGACAUGACCAAUGAUGAAGCGGUAAGAGUCCUCAGAGAAGUGGUCCAAAAACCGGGACCUAUUAAACUGGUUGUGGCCAAGUGUUGGGACCCAAACCCUAAAGGUUACUUCACAAUACCUAGGACAGAACCAGUGAGACCGAUAGAUCCUGGUGCUUGGGUGGCACACACUCAGGCCCUCCGGGAAGCAUAUCCCCCACCGCCGCCAUCUUUGUCCGCGUUACCCGUCUCGUCAGUGUCAGAGAGGGCGGCGUCCGACGCGAGCACGGCGCCCGCGGGAGGCGAAGCCCUGUCCGUACACAUGGACAUGGCGCUGGUGGUUAGGGCGAUGCUUCGGCCUGAUUCCGGUUUGGAGAUCCGCGACAGAAUGUGGUUGAAGAUAACUAUACCCAACGCGUUUAUUGGCGCGGACGUCGUCGACUGGGUACUCCAACACGUCGCUGGCAUCGCAGAUAGGCGGGACGCUAGGAAAUACGCCUCUCACAUGCUUAAGGCGGGCUUCAUAAGGCACACGGUGAACAAGAUAACGUUUUCCGAGCAAUGUUACUACGUCGCUGGCGAGUUGUGUGCUGAGUUGGCUUCGUUGAGAUUGCGAGCACCUGACGCUGACAGUCUAGCUUCUGAUACGCUCGCGCCACUGCCAAAUCCAAAUAUGAUGGCGCCUGGAUAUAUGCCGUACGCUGGCUCGUACGGUUACCAGCCCAUACCGUUUAAGUAUACAUCGUGUGUUACCAGUGAACACACAAUAUACGGGUAUAAUCGCGAAGAGAGUGUACUUUCGGGUAGCGGAGGUUCCAGUGCUGGCUCAGAUCAUCUUACCGCAAAAGAGCAUAAUACGGGUCGAGAAGCGGAAGCCAAAUCCGGUUCAAGCGGGUCCGGGGCUUCAGUGACAGCGGACGGCGGUGGAACCAGACGCUCACACUCGCACUCUCACUCUAGCGGAUCCUCGCGCGCUGGAGACAGGCCCGUCCUCUUCCUCUAG